GAAUUACUGGAUUUAAAGUUUAAGCUGACAACUUUGUUUGUUGUGUACAUACAAUGUUAAAUUUUGUUGCAUACAUUUUGGCUUACAAUAAUCAAACACGAUCAAGAUAUAAUAUUGGUCCUUUGUGAAUUUAAAAAUAGUUGUAUGAAUUAAAAGGGGUUACUUUCUCGAAAGAACCAAUGGCUUACAAGUAUUUAGACAGUGGACACAAGGCACAGUCGAUCUUUAAAUUUCAGAAGUAUUGUAACUAUAGCUUGAAUAACCGUUUCUUUUUGGCGCGAAGUUGUUUUAUAGUCAUAUUUAAAGAAAAAAAGAAUAUAAAGUGAUAUUUAUUGAAACGUAUAAUAUACAGGUAUUAAAAUAAGUAAAAUGGAGGAUCCAACUAUGGCACGUUUAAAAACUUUAGUAGUAAGUAGUAAUGAUGCUUUGGAAUUUAAAUUGAUCCGUACUAUAAACGAUCUAGAGAAUGAUGAAAUUACAUUCAAACCAGAAAUGUCCCAUCAAGUGUUUGGAGACAGCGAAUCUAUAUUCGGUUACCGGGAUCUCAGAGUGAAGCUAUACUACUCUGCAGGUUGCUUAGAAACUUAUUUAGGUAUGACUUAUACAGAGAAAAUAAAUAAAAUGAUUUAUGAGGGGGUCGAAGCGGAUGAAGUGUUGCCAAAAGUUGCAGAGAAGCUUGCACCGCAAAUUCAUGAAAGCCUAGAUUCAUUUAUCAAAUCCCUGAAAAAGGAUGAUACGUUCAGACCUCAUGGAGAAUUGCUGCAUUCAUUUUGUCUUAAUGAUGAAGGCUGUACAAGGAAAUUCGAAGUUUAUAAAGCAGACAUGACUUAUAAAGGAUUCAAAGAGUACCACCAACGUCUUCAAACAUUUAUCCUCUGGUACAUAGAUGCUGCUAAUUACAUAGACAUAGACGAUGAUCGAUGGCAUUACUUUAAUAUGUUUGAAAAGUAUCAUACAGCAGAUGGUACUGUUCGUUACGCGACUAUUGGUUACGCGACUGUCUAUCAGUAUUAUGCAUAUCCACAUCAUACAAGACCCCGUAUAGCUCAAGUUCUAAUUUUACCACCGUUUCAAAACAUGGGUCUUGGUGCCCAUUUAUUACACGCUAUUUAUCGUGAAUACAUGGGAAGAAAUCAAGUCAAAGAUAUAACAGUUGAGGACCCGUCUGUGACUUUUCAACGACUAAGAGAUUACGUGGACGCAGUGAACUGCAACACGUUAGCUCGUUUUUCACGAGAGUAUCUGCUCCAAGGUUUUAAUAAAUCAAUGGCUACAGAAGCUAAAGAAAAGUUUAAAAUCAAUAAGAAACAAGCUCGUAGGAUAUAUGAAAUUUUGCGAUUACGUGCAACAGAUUUAGGAAACGAGCAAGAAUAUCGUGAGUACAGAUUAGAUGUAAAAAGGAGACUGAAUAUCCCGUAUAGACGCGAACAGAACGAUUUGAAAAAGUUGGAAUGUGCAUUGCAAAAUAUCGAUAAACGAUCGAAUAUCACAUUACCUACAUUGGAGCAACGUAUGCAAACGCUUGAAAAAGAAUAUAGAAGUUUAGAAGAGGAAUAUAAAAAAGUUAUCAAACGCCUGGAAGACGCUGACGAACUUUGAAGUUUAAUAUAUUUUCAUUUUUCGUUAUUACUAAGCCGCCUAUGUAUAAGUGGAUUAAUAUUGUUUGAAUGUGAAUCAUCAGUUGAAGCAUUUUUUUUUUACUGACUCAAUAAAGAUUUUUUUUUAUUAUUAAACAAUGAAUUAAACAAUUAUACUUAAAAAGAAAAAAGUAUUCGUUUAAGUUACGUAUUUUUAUAACGCUGCUAU